UUCUUUGUUCAUUUCUUUGUUUUUGACUGGAAACAUUGACUGUCUGUAAAAAAAAAAAAAAAAAUAUGGACGGCUGCUUCACAGACACUAAGGAGUUUAAGGACACCUCUGUAACCCUGAGAGUUUAGAGGGAUGUUCAGAAAGAUUAAUAAUGCGUUUCGUCCCAACCAUCAAGGGCCCAAAGGUCGGGGUAAUAAAGGUGGAGGAGGAGGUGGUGACAGGUUUCGGUCGGAGCAGGACUACCACAGCGCCUGCACCGUCCGGCUGGUCCGCAGCACCUCCAUGCUCGUGGUGGGAGAGAGAACCCAGACGGCGGCCGCGGGCUCGACUCUGAAACGGAGCAAAAGCACCGUGAGCAUCGAGUCGACCUUGUACUAUUAUCAGAGGCAGGAGGACCGGAUAUGGCUCUACUCACAGAAUCAGAACUGCCUCGAGUACCUGGAGGCGCUCGUGGCUUUGAGGCGGCAGUACACAAAGAGCGUGAGUGACUUGAAAAGUGGAGACAGCAAGGCCACGGUGUCCUCCAAGAAGAAGCCUGCGCCCCCGCCGCCCAGAAGAGAAGAACAGAUAUCAAGAGUGAAACCUUCGGCACCUCAAGUCCCGGAUGAAGAGGACACCCUGCAGUUCUUCGAUGCGGUCAUAGCCAGCUGUGACAGUGAGACUCUACGGAAGCCGUAUAUGGAUGAUGGGCACGCAGAUGUGGACUUCAUAGUGGCGUCCAGCUCGGCCGAACACGACCUCCACUCGAACUGGGUCCUGCGGGUUCCUCGGGUCGCAGAGGACUCAAAGCAGAACGAGGUUCACGACAGUGCCAAUAAGAAAGCCACAAAGAAGAAAAACCAGAGCGGGUCUACGAGCAGCAGACUGCGGAUGCAGAGGAACCCGAUCCAUCUGCCCAAAGUGGUGGAGAGCGCGUUCCAGACUCUGCGCUUCAAGCCCAAAUUAAAAAAGCAGUGAGGCUUGAUAAGACAUUUGAAACCGGCAGCACGUUGAGCCUAACCUACUUUGUAUG